AUGGCGGACUUCCUAUCGCGUUGUGAGGAAGAAAACCCGAAUGAGGGGAUAAGGAGAGAGGAAGAAGAAGAAGGCAACAAAUUGAAUGGGAACAUAAAACCCAAGACCAUCCAUCAUUUUCCGCCCUCAGAUUGUCUUUUUGGAAAGAACCUCUUCCAGCUUCUUUAUCCUCUUGGAUUUGCUCAUCCCCAACCCGAAUCAGGGACUUCUCCAAAGGUUUAUAGCAAAAAGCGGAGCGCAGGCAGCGCCGCCGCCGCCGCCGCCGCCGCCGCCAGCCGCGAGGCGCAGGAGGACCGCAGCCGGCAGCAGGAGGACAUCGAGGAGCUGGAGACCAAGGCCGUGGGCAUCUCUCCCGACGGCCGCUUCCUCAAGUUCGACAUCGAGAUUGGAAGGGGCUCGUUCAAAACGGUCUACAAAGGGCUGGACACCGAGACCACAGUGGAGGUCGCGUGGUGUGAGCUGCAGGACCGGAAGCUGUCCAAAUCGGAGCGGCAGAGGUUUAAAGAGGAAGCUGGGAUGCUGAAAGGGCUCCAGCACCCUAAUAUUGUUCGGUUCUAUGAUUCCUGGGAGUCUACAGUGAAGGGAAAGAAAUGUAUUGUUCUUGUGACAGAACUCAUGACAUCUGGAACCCUGAAAACGUAUUUGAAAAGGUUUAAAGUGAUGAAAAUUAAAGUACUAAGAAGCUGGUGCCGUCAGAUACUAAAGGGCUUGCAGUUCCUGCACACUCGCACGCCCCCUAUUAUCCACAGAGACCUAAAAUGUGACAACAUCUUCAUCACCGGCCCCACUGGAUCAGUCAAGAUAGGAGACCUGGGUCUGGCUACCUUGAAACGAGCUUCCUUUGCCAAGAGUGUGAUAGGUACCCCAGAGUUCAUGGCUCCCGAGAUGUAUGAGGAGAAAUACGAUGAAUCCGUUGAUGUAUAUGCUUUUGGAAUGUGUAUGCUAGAGAUGGCCACGUCUGAAUAUCCUUAUUCUGAGUGCCAAAAUGCUGCGCAGAUCUACCGUCGAGUGACCAGUGGAGUCAAGCCAGCCAGCUUCGAUAAAGUAGCAAUUCCUGAAGUGAAGGAGAUAAUUGAGGGAUGCAUUCGGCAAAACAAAGGUGAAAGAUAUGCUAUCAAGGACCUCUUGAACCACGCUUUCUUCCAGGAAGAGACUGGUGUGCGGGUGGAACUAGCAGAGGAAGAUGAUGGAGAGAAAAUAGCCAUCAAGCUCUGGCUACGCAUUGAAGAUAUCAAGAAACUUAAGGGCAAAUAUAAGGACAAUGAGGCAAUAGAGUUUUCUUUUGAUCUGGAAAGAGAUGUCCCAGAGGAUGUAGCACAAGAAAUGGUGGAAUCGGGGUAUGUAUGUGAAGGGGAUCACAAAACAAUGGCUAAAGCCAUCAAGGACAGAGUAUCUCUCAUCAAACGAAAGCGAGAGCAGCGUCAAUUGGUGCGAGAAGAGGAGGAGAAAAGAAAACAAGAAGAAAACAGUCAGAAACAACAAUUAGAACAACAGCUACAGGCAAAUGCUGCUCAGGCAGGGGCAAAACAUCGACCGUCGCUUACUGGCACCACUUCUAUCCCUACUACUUCUGCCUCAGUUUCCACACAAGUAGAGCCUGAGGAACCAGAGGCGGAUCAGCACCAACAGCUACAGUAUCAACAACCUAGUAUAUCAGUUCUGUCUGAUGGGACAGCUGACAGUGGACAGGGUUCAUCAGUUUACACUGAAUCGUGUGUGGGUAGCCAGCACACUGCGUCAUAUGGUUCACAGCAUGAACAGGCUAUCCCAACAGCUACGAUCCAGGGGUACACACCUUCAGUUGGUCAAGUGCAGUCACAACAGCCUGGAGGCUAUCAGCCACCCACAGUGACGCAGGUGCAAGGCCAGGCAGCUUCCAGUACUUUAUCAGGUGGUGUGCCAUCCCAGCCUACCCCACUCACUCAGCAGAGCGCACAGCAGCUACCCGCUUCCCAGCAAACGGGACAGUUUCAGUUGCAGCAGCCACCAGGUUCCAGUGGAGGUGCCCCAACACAGUCUGUUACUCAAACCCAGGCUCCACAGAUCAUGCCAAUGCCUCAGGCACCAGUUGGGUCACAGCUUCCUGUUUCCCAACCAGUACCGAUCAUCCAAGGCGAGCCUCAGUUACCUGUUGCAGCAUCUUCUCUCCCUCAACCAUCAGUUGCCCCAAACAUCCCUGUUGGUUCUCAUUAUAUCCCUGUGGGACAACCCUUGCCAACUUCCCUGCUCCCCCAGUUCUCAGCGUCUCAGCUGCCCAUGGCAGCACCUCAUGGGUCAGUGGCUCAGCCAGGUUUCCAGUCUCUGCCCAUGUCUAUGCCAGCUGCCAUUAAUCAGCCACUACUCACUCUAGCCACAUCUGCUGCAGCAGCUGCUAUCCCUGUAGGAUCAACUGUUGUCCCUAGCCAGCUCCCUACGCUUCUGCAGCCUGUGGCCCAGCUGCCCAGCCAGGUUCUCCCACAGCUCCUGCAGCCAGCUGUUCAGUCCGUGGGAUUGCAGGCCAGCCUUGGACAAGCUGCUGAAGCUUCACUUCCAGCUGGAGAUGCUUUGUACCAGGGUUUCCCAUCUCGGUUGCCGCCACAAUACCCAGGAGACUCAAAUGUUGCUCCCUCCUCUGCUGUGGCCUCUGUUUGCAUCCCUUCUGCAGUACUGUCCCCUCCCAUACCCACUGAUGCAUUGGCUCAGCCAGGCUACCUUACAGCAGUGGUUCAGCCUUACGUGGAACAGAACGUUUUAGUUCCUUUGGGUGGUGUAGGAGGACAGGUCCAAGUGCCCCAACCUACAGUGAGUUUAGCACAACAGGUCUCAGCUGCAUCCUCACAGCAGGCAGCCUUAGAGCAGAAUGUCAUGCCAGUGUGGGGACCUUGUUGCCACUGGUUGUUCUGUUGGGAAGGGGUUUCUCAGGCUUCUGUUCCAGAGUCUCUACCACCAACACAGCAACCUCCUGCGCAAACUACUCCAUUGACUUCUUCUAUGGACAGUGCCCAUUCCGAUGUUGCUUCAGGUAUGAGUGAUGGCAAUGAGAACAUUCCAGCAUCUAGUGGGAGACACGAAGGGCGGACUACCAAACGGCAUUAUCGGAAGUCUGUACGCAGCCGCUCUCGCCAUGAGAAGACUGCUAGGCCAAAACUGAGAAUUCUUAAUGUUUCAAACAAAGGUGAUCGAGUGGUGGAGUGCCAGCUAGAGACACACAAUCGGAAAAUGGUUACUUUCAAAUUUGACUUGGAUGGUGACAACCCUGAGGAAAUAGCAUCAAUUAUGGUGCAGAAUGAAUUUAUCCUAGCGACAGAGAGAGAUUCAUUUGUAGAGCAAGUGCGAGAGAUCAUUGAGAAAGCGGAUGAAAUGCUUAGUGAGGAUGUCGGUGUGGAGCUAGAAGGUGACCAGGGGUUGGAAAGUGCACAAGCAAAAGAUGACAGCUUCUACCCAGGAACCCAGAAAUUGGAGGGGGAGUUCAAACAGCCUUCUAUGCCCCAAAGAAUAGGUGUUCCCCCUAGCUCCUUCACCCAAGUUGUCCAUUCUGCUGGAAGACGAUUUAUUGUCAGUCCUGUCCCAGAGAGUCGGUUAAAAGAACAGACGUUUUUCACCUCUGGUGUUCCCAUAGGAAAGGAAAUUCCAGAUGUGGUUGCUGCCUCUCUCUCCCAUGGUCCUGGGAUGAACCUCUCUCACUCUGCAUCAUCACUCAGCCUGCAACAAGCCUUUUCUGAGAUCAGACAUGGUCAAAUAACUGAAGGACCCAGCACAGCUCCUCCAGUUUUUAACCAGACUGUACCACCAUUUCCACCUGCAAUUACUAGCAUGGCUGGAGGCCCACAGCCUUCAUCGGUGACUCCUUCGGCAUCUGUCCCUUCGACCACUGGCAUUUCUCUUCCAGUAACUCAGUCUGUUACAUUGAUUGCAGAACAAGUGACCUCUGGAGUGGCACCAAGUACAGGUCUAUCUGAUUCUAGUCCUCCACCUCCAGCAUCGCAGUCUGGGCAGCAAAUAGCUGGAGUGACUUCCAGCAUUAGUGCACCUGCUUCUUUUUCAGUAGCUACCACUUCACAGACUACCCAACUGACUGGAGAAAUUAUCCCUAGCGUCAGCAUGCCUGCUUCCUUAGCGCUAACACAGCAGAUUUCUGGAGUGGCUGCCCUUGUUAGUCUGCCAGGUGCUGUACCCCCACCUGCGACAUCUCUGUCUGUUCAACAGAUUGGUAGUAGUACUGCAGCUCCAGCAGCUCCACAAAUGUCUAUCUCAGCUGUAGUUCAGAAUGUGGUUUCACAGCCUUCUCAGCUGAGUAGCAGUAGCUGUACCCUCAGCCAGGCAGAAACGGUUGUUGUUAGUGCGCCACAACCGCAGCCUGAGAGUACACAAUUAGUAGAUAAGCCACAGCUCUGCAGUGCAUCUGGGCUGUCCCUUCCUAUCUCUGUACCACUGUCCUCAGCAGUAGUGUCAAGUAUGUCCAGUUCCAUCACUCAGCCAGCAGUGGCACAUCCUUUACUUAUCCCAUCGGCACUUGUAUCAACACCCGUUUUACCCCAAGCAGUAGGUGCAGUCUCGACACCUGUAUUGCCUCAAGUUCCUUUACCUGGCAUCCUCCCGCAGCCAGUUGCAAACCUACCUGCAGUACAGCACACUUUGAUACACAGUCAGCCUCAACCAGCUCUACUACCCAAUCAGCCUCAUACUCACUGCCUUGAGGCAGAUGUUGACACUCAGCCUAAAGCACCUGGUAUUGAUGACAUAAAGACCCUGGAAGAAAAGCUACGAUCUCUCUUCAGUGAACAUGGCAAUAUUGGAGCAACUCAUCCAUCAGUAUCUCUAGAGUCAUCACUGGUAAUGGAGACUCCACUCAUCCCUGGCAUACCAACCACAGCUGUUGCACCAACUAAGCCCAUGACAUCCAUCAGCACUUCUCUGCCACCUACGAGUUUGCCCCUUGGACCAACUGGUUUAGUGGCAAUGACACCAGUAGCCACACCUGGGCAAGUGGGAACCCCAGUCAGCUAUGUUUCAGCACAAGGCAGCAUUGCAGCAGCAGCACCAGUGAAACCAGGGACUCCUCCCUCAAAACCACCUCUUAGCAGGGUACCGGUGCUACCAGUAGGUCCUGAACUUCCAGCUGGCACUCCAUCCAGUGAGCCGCUGCCACCCUUUCCAGGACCUUCACUAACUCAGUCCCAGCAGCCACUGGAAGACCUGGAUGCUCAGCUAAGAAGAACCCUCAGUCCAGAGACUGUCCCAGUAACGUCUGCUCCUGCCUGUCCUGUACCAGCAGUUACCGCUCCAGUAACCGUUGUAGCAGCGUCUGCACCUACACAGCCCCUAAAAGAUGCAUCACAGAGCGCAGAAAGCAGUGCUGUGACCGCCACUGCAGGGACUGGAGUUCUUAAGAUGGGCCGAUUUCAGGUGUCUGUGGCAACUGAUGACAUGCUGAAACCUCAAGAAACUAAGCCUGUGCACUUUGAGACAACCUCUUCUGAUUCUUCUUUGUCUGGCAGUAGUCCAGAGAGUACUCUGGUGAAGCAGACUUCCAGUCAGCCCAUGGAGACUGUCAUUGGCACUUCUGUGGAUGUGGUAGAUGGUGUUCUUGCUCAGCCAGUUCCUGCCACACAGUUGCCAGCAGAGGCUGGGCAGCCAACUAAAGUUGGGCGCUUUCAGGUGACAACAACAACAGACCAAGUGGGUCGCUUUUCUGUUUCUAAGACCCAAGAUUCGGUCAGCUAUGGGGAGAGAGAACCUCCUUCUGUGGACUUGGAGCAAGUUUCUUCUCCAGGCCUGACUCCAAAGAAAGGUGUACCAGAGUUGAUAGAACCAGAGCAGUCUCCACACGUAAAUGGCCCAUCAUAUGAGCUGGAGGCUGCCUUCCUGAGUGGAGCAGCUAAGGACUUGGAUGAUGGCUCAGGCAGUCCAGACUCUCUGCAACCAGGGGGUUCCAAGAUCAGCCUCCCCAUCCAAAGCCUUAGCAACUCAUUCAACUCUUCCUACAUGAGCAGUGACAACGAGUCAGAUAUUGAAGAUGAAGACUUAAAAUCAGAGCUGCGGCGGUUACGGGAAAAGCACCUUAAAGAGAUCCAGGAGCUGCAGAGUCGCCAGAAGCAGGAGAUUGAAUUGCUUUACACAAAACUGGGAAAGGUUCCCCCUGCAGUGAUUAUUCCCCCAGCUGCUCCUCUCUCAGGGCGAAGGAGGAGACCUACUAAAGGAAAAGGUAGCAAAUCCAGCCGCAGCAGCUCCCAGGGCAAUAGGAGCCCCCAGCUGUCAGGUAACUUGUCAGCUCAGAGUGCCCCUUCAGUCUUGCCCCCACAGCAGACUCUUCAUCCUCCUGGUAGUGCUCCAGAGACUGGGCAGAACAAUCUGUUACAGCCCCUUAAACCUUCUCCUUCAAGUGAGAACCUCUACUCUGCCUUUACCAGUGAUGGUGCCAUAUCAGUACCAAGCCUUUCUGCGCCAGGCCAAGGGACCAGCAGCACUAACACGGUUGGGGCUACAGUGAGCAGCCAGGCACCCCAGUCUCAGCCGCCUGCUAUCUCCUCCAGCCGAAAAGGGACCUUCACAGAUGACCUGCACAAAUUGGUAGACAAUUGGGCCCGUGAUGCCAUGAACCUGUCUGGCAAGAGAGCUGGCAAAGGACACAGCAACUAUGAGGGCCCUGGAAUGGCAAGAAAGUUCUCGGCACCUGGCCAACUCUGUAUAUCUAUGACAUCCUCCCUGGGUGCUACACCCAUCCCUGCAGCAUCAGCUACCUCUUUAGGUCACUUCACAAAGGCUAUGUGCCCGCCACAGCAGUACAAUUACCCGGCAGCAUCCUUUGCAGCUCCAUGGAGUGGGACAGGUGGUCCAGCACAGCAGUCCCUCGGCCAGUUCCAGCCUGUAGGUGCUGCCUCUUUGCAAAGCUUCAACAUCGGCAGUUUGCAGAAAUCUAUCAGUAACCCCCCAGGCUCCAACUUGCGGACCACUUAGCCACACCCAGAGACUGAGCUGGGUAGACCCUGGGACAGGGAAUGAGGCCUGUAUCAAUUACUAGUGCUGCAACAAACUAGCUGUUUCUGCCAUAGUGGGAAUGAGCUUCCCUUGUCCAAUCAGUGCUGUCAGCUCUCUGUAAAGAGCCACAAAUCUCAAGGGGGAGGAGGGUGAUCGACACUUUGUGAUGGGACAGUGCUUCUGACUAGAUGUUCCUGCUCGUGCGACAAGCGAUGAAGAUGGAUGUCAUUUAGUCAAAGAAAUCUCGCUGUAAAACUCCGUUCUUGGUUUGAGUCUGAAUCCACAUGUGCUGGUGGGAGAGUUUAGUCCUAGUUCAUGGCUUUAACACAGUUCUCAUCUUGUCCUGAAGAAUUGAGACCAGGAGAGGAGCUGUCCAAAUCCCCUUCCUCUUCCUCUCCCUAAACAAUCGUCUUUGGCUCCCAAGUGGUGGGGGACACAAAUGGACUUGCAGUGCAGCCCAUGCUUGAGAUAGGUCAUUACUGCUUUAAGUAAAAGAUAUUAACAGCUUCAACAGCAGCAUUAGAGCAAUUUAAAUUGUUUAAAAAAAUUUAAAAAGUUCCCAGCGGACAUGUACUUACCAUCAGUUUUGAUGUGGAAACACUGUGAUAUAUAAAUGUUGUUGGACAACAGUAGCUUAAAAUGAGUGGAAUAUAGAGGGUUAAAAAAAGUUAAAAAGUAAAAAAAAAUGUAAAAAAAGCUAGCUAUAUCCUUAUACUUAUUGGAGACACUUUAACUUUUUCCUUUGUAUUUUCAUUGUAUUAGAUAAAUAAAUGUGAAUGUAAAAUUGUAUAAAUUAAUGUACUUGAAUACUUGUCUGUUCUCCCAGUAUGCUUGCUGGAUAUUUUAGUGCCUUGGACUUUUAUUGCUUCUGCAGUUAGCAUCACCUUCCCAGCAGACCCCAGUUGAGAGAGGGCAAGCUAAGAGAAGAAUGGAUUGUUUGUACCUAGUGACCAGGAUACCAAAGGGUCAACAAGUUGGAUGUGUUGUUAUAGUCAUAAUGUAACAGUCUAGGGUAGGUGUCAGAGGGGAAGCAGUUGAGGCUGUAGGUUGAGAGUUCUGGUGCUGGGGAAAGCUGCCCAAAUGGACACAUUUCAGAAUUGAUGGUUCAGUGCUGGUGUGACUGGGGGCAGGCAGGGGGGGGACGUAGGCCACGGACAAAACUAACAAACGCUGCCUUGAGACUUAAUAGGGCUGGAUCAAACUAGAGGGCAGGGAGAAUGUGUGUAUAUAUAGGAGAGGUUCAACUUCAGAUGUGGUUUGACUCAAGUUAGGAAGGGGUGACAAGGUGUGGUAAGCAUGUGUGCAUGAAGGUGGAGCCAUUGGUUUUUGUGGAGUGGGUUGUCUGCUGGGACUGCUUUUCUUACCUUUUUUUUUUUCUAAUCCAUUCAUGCCAGGAGUACGCUUUCCUGGUGCGACGUCCAUUGCCGGCAAUGGAUGCACUUGAAACAGCCGGCAUCAAGGAGUUCCCUCUGUGUUAUGCAUGCAGAGGACUUAAUUUUGUUCACUCUAAAAAAAAAUAAAAAUUUCAAGCUGGUACCAGGACCGUAACUAACUGUGCCACCUGAGUAUAACUGUACUGUACCUUCUGCUUAGUUCAUUCUCUUCCCUUCUUCAUACUUAAAAAUACUGGUUCCCUGUUCAAAGUAAUAAUACUGCAACCAACCAGUAUUACUCAGUGUAGUGCUGCAACAAGCUGUGAAGGUCAAAGUACUGCUUCCUGGUACUUGAGAGUAGUUCAGUGGCAUCCUGGAAGCGUGUGCAUCAAAAGUCUUUUUACUUGUCUGAAUUUUCUUCUGUGAGUAGUGCUUCCGUGGGGGGAGAAUUAAUUUGGGGUUUCUGCUUUCUUUCUGUGGAUGUUUCACGUUUUACCUAUAAAGCCCCCAAAGGCACAAGAUCUGUUUCCCUUCAUCUGGUUUUGAUGUUUACAACAUCUUUGUUUGUCAGCAAAGGUGUAGGCAAACUGAAGAAGUCCUGGUGGAUGAAAGACAGUGGCCAGAUGACUGGGUUCCAACAGUUCCUCAGAUGUUUGUGAGUGGCUUCUUCCUCCUUUUAAUUCCUUUUAACUAACAUGCAGGCUCCAUAAAACUACAGGAGAAAGAGGGCUCACAGUUGUAUGUGUGAUGGGAAGAGAAGGGGAAAAGGGGUCCCUGCUGGUCAAGUUAAUCAGAAAGCCUCUGCUUUCUACUCUAAAUGAGUGAGGAGAGGAGGUUCCUGGAUACACCAAAUAUGGGAGAGGAAAAGCAUGUCUCUGUAUAACAGAGCAGUCACAGGCCUGAAGCAGUAAUGGGAGAAGGGCAACACUUCAUGGCAGAAGAACUGAUCAACUGAAAGCAGCACAUGGUUAUUUAAUUGAUUUAAUAAGUUUGAGGUCGGUUUUUCUCUUAAUGUUAUGCAAGAGCUGGUUUUAUUUACCAUUGAUUUCCCUCCUGUGGAUGAAAUAACUGAAGUCUAGAGGAAUAAACUAAUGCUACUGAACUGUUAAAUUAUUUUGUGUUUAAUAUUACACUUUGAGUAUCUUUUUUCCACAUAAAAUCUGUUUCUGAAUUUACAAAUGUUUUCUUUACAUUAUUUAACAAUGUACACUGUAAAAAGGCAAAAAAGAAAAAUAAACUGAAUUCAAACUCUGGGCUUCCCUGGCCGUAGUUAGUUGUAUGUUUUGCACUAAAUCCAGGCAUUGCGCUUCUUGUAUGAUUGCGCUUUGUGCUGCAAUUUGUUACCUUUGUAGAAUAUUUAAUGAAAUCAUUCAAAUAAAACAAACCUGCUUUGGUUGAA